AUGAAGCUCCAGCAUGUGUGGCCGAUAUGCGCUGGCGCUCGUGAGUCGAUUGAUGCGCUGCGAGAUGGCACCCAGUCGUCCAUUCCUGCUGACCGAUUCCGACCCCUGCAGCGUGCCUCCCAAGUACGACAAAUGCUGGAGGAGGACGGCAUGCCGAUCGACGAUGCCCCCGACGACGACGGCGUCGGCGCGCCCCGCCAGUCUUACAACUUUGCCCCGGGGUACCACGGCAUCAUCUACCGCGCAGACACCCCGGACUGGGGCGCUGGACCCGCUCCCCGCUCUGGCGACGGUGACGCCCCCGGCCCCAACGAGCCUUCGCAGCCAGAUGUCCCUUCGGACUCGGCCGAGACGAAAACCGAGGCCGCCCACGACGGCGGGUCCGGUUCCCCGUCCAGGUCCCAGUACAAGCUGCAGUCGAUGAGAUGGGGCCUCAUCCCCUUCUGGACCAAGCGAAACCCGGACUAUGGCACCAUGAUGCGGACCAUCAACUGUCGCGACGACUCUCUGAGCACCCCCGGCGGCAUGUGGGCCUCGAUGAAGGCCCGCAAGCGUUGCAUCGUCAUCGCUCAGGGUUUCUUCGAGUGGCUCAAGACGGGUCCCAAGGACAAGCUCCCCCAUUAUGUCAAGCGACGAGAUGGUCGCCUCCUCUGCCUUGCGGGCCUUUGGGAUUGCGUCCAGUACGAAGGUGAGUCGAGAGCUCCAAGUGUGGACCGAGGUCUUCGAUCUGGUCGCGUCCCGGUAGACGCUCCAUGGCUCACCGACAAGUCAGGCUCGGAUGAAAAGAUGUACACCUACACCAUCAUCACCACCGACUCCAACAAGCAGCUAAAAUUUCUCCACGACCGCAUGCCCGUCAUCUUUGAUCCCGGCUCCGAAAAAAUCAAGAGCUGGCUUGAUCCGACCAAAAGCGAAUGGGAUCGCGGGCUCCAGGCCCUCCUGAAGCCGUUCGACGGCGAGCUCGAAGUGUACCCCGUCAGCAAGGAUGUCGGCAAGGUCGGCAACAACUCUCCCUCCUUUGUCGUCCCCAUCAACAGCAAGGAGAACAAGUCCAACAUUGCCAAUUUCUUCGCUCCAAAGUCAAGCAACAAUGAGAAGAAAUCGACGUAUUGGCAAGGAUCUGGUGCAGUCCCAAAGGAAGAGGCACCCCCGUCAAGUCCCCAGCAUAAACGCCAUCUUUCGCCGACGGUGGGGGAAUCCCCUCCGACAAAGAAGCCAACGUUGGAAAGGAAACGAAUUAGCGCAACGAUGAAUGAGAAGAGAAGCCCAAGCAAAUCCAAGACCAAGUCUCCUGGCUCCCAGAAGAUUACCAAGUUCUUUGGCAACAGCACAUGA